AUGGCACCGAAAGUGAUCGAAAGUCUUACCGAAAGUCAGAAGUCUUACCAAAAAGUCAAAGUCUUACCGAAAGUCAAAAAUCUUACCGAAAUCGAAACCCUUAUUGAAAGUCGAAAGUAUUACGAAAGUCAAAAGUCCUACCGAAAGCCGAAACCCUUAUCAAAAGUCGAAAGUUUUACCGAAAGUCAAACCCUAUUUUCACUCAAGUAA